AUGCAAUUCCCGUCAACAAACCUAAGCCCCUCCGAGGCCCAGAACGCUCCUAUCUACCUCCACGCCGAACUUCUUCCGCACAUUCGUCAUAUUACACUUCAAAUUUCUGUUUCUGCUGGGGAUAGCAAUGCUCAAACCCAUGCAAUUCCACACAGUGCUGUGAAGGGAAAGAACGAUGACGUGGAUAUCGCACUCUCCGAGUCCCGCCGUGCGGUAUCGGCAGAAACUGAUGCGGGUAUCGAAGCAGCAAUGGAAACGAUGAAGCUUCCCGCGCGGGUCACCGCGAGCGCAGGAUAUGUGCUUCGCUCCCGGCAGUGGCAGUCCACUGGUGAGGGUCGACGGGAAUUGUCGUUUCGGAUGCAGGUUGACGAUGAUGCGGACAAGGAGAAAGACAUAGGGAGGGACGAAGAGCUGGUCGGUGGGUUUGUGCCGUGGAGGGCGAUGGAUAUGGGGCCAAGCACGAGGGUAAGGUGUCGGGGAUGUCAAGGGAUAGUCCUGGAUCAACCUCAAUCACCUGCCGGUGAAGGUGAGGCCGGAAAGGCUGCAGCAUCGGGGGGAGGAGGCUGGGUGUGGAAGGAUCUACCCAGUGGGAAUUGGGCGGAGAUGAUGGAUUUUUGGCAUUGUCAUAAACCGGAUCCUGAGGAUGGUCAUGAUCAUGGCCAUCAUGAUCAUGCUGCGGGUGGUCGGCUGGAAGAUCCCAAUGCGACGGUCAAAGGGUAUGGGGCUGCGAAUCAGGUCGUGGCUACGCUGGGCACGGUUCUGGUGGAUGUUGCGACCUUCUUGGUAGCGGCUGAAGAUUGCUUGAAGAAUAUCCGCUGUUGCAAUUGUAAUGCAUUACUCGGCCAAGUCGACCCUAUUGCCAAAGGCUGGAGGCUCUUCAAAACCGCACUCUCUGCUACACCUGCGAAUGUUACUUCGACAUCAUCUCCAAUUGACGAUGAGCAGUCAGAGUGGGAAACCCACCCCAUAGAGAUCAUCGUCGCAGCCCAGCUAUUGGAGCUGGUCGAGCGAGAAAGUGCCCGCCGCUUCGUUGUUCACUGCGGACAGAAAGGCGGAUUGUUGAUCUGGGUCUUCAAUCCAGACAUGCGGUACUCCAACUCCAGUGUCGACCACAGCGUCGCCGCUCAACGAGCGAUGAAGGUGUUCUUCCAACGUCUUGAUGAUGUCGAGCGAACGCUACACCCGGAGGUUGGGAAGCCGUCCACUACACUGGCGCUGGAAGAGUUAAGGCUGCCGGUUGAAACGUAUAGAGCUCUGGAGGAGGUGGUAGAGGAGAGGAAUGCGAUGCUGCCGGCGUCGGCGAGAGAGUUUCGGGAGUGGAGGGUGGGGAUUUUACAUCGAUUGCAACGGAGAGGGUGA